AUGCUCACUGCCUCAUCAUCAAGAGCACUGCGAUCGCUAGCUCACCCUUCGAAGCGAGCCUACCAUGACCUUAUCACCCUUCCAAGCAAGAGAGCCGCCGUGUCCGCUGGACCUCCUGGUUACAGUGCGGUGACUGGACAUGUAGUCACUGUCUUUGGAUGUACUGGCUUUCUCGGACGAUAUGUUGUGGCGAAACUAGCCAAGAUGGGCACUCAAGUUAUCAUACCAUAUCGUGACGAAGAUGAGAAGAGACAUCUGAAGCUCAUGGGAGACUUGGGUCAGGUCGUACCAAUGGAAUGGGACAUUCGUAGCGAGCAACAAAUCGCGGAAUGUCUCCGGCAUUCAGACCUUGUCUACAACCUGACGGGACGGAACUUCGAUACCAAGAACUUUGACAUGGCCUCAGUCCAUGUUGCGGGUGCAGAGAGGAUUGCUAAGAUUGCUGCGGAAUCAGGCGUUUCGAGACUUGUUCAUGUGUCUCACCUGAAUGCUUCACACACAUCCCCCUCCACGUUCUACCGGACGAAGGCCGAAGGUGAAGACCGUGUAAAAGCUGCGUUCCCUCGCGCCACUAUUGUCAAACCUGGCACAAUGUACGGGUCUGAAGAUAAGCUCCUCAACAAUAUGGCCACAUGGUCUAUCUGGUGGAAAUUGAACCAGGCACAGACGAAGACGCGUCCCGUCCAUGUCAUGGAUGUCGCACAAGCCUUGGCGAAUCUCAUGAGGAUGCCGGAGUUAGCGAGGACGAUCGCACUGCCUGGUCCGUCAACGCUAACGCAUGAGUACCUAUUGGAGCUAGUUGCUUCCGUGACGAUGCGCCCACCGAGCGGAGCUCCAGUUCUUCCCAAGAAAGUCGCUCUUGCUCUCGCGAGAGCUGCUCAGGCAGUUUGGUGGCCUGCUCUUAGCCCGGAUGAAGUGAUCCGACGGUACAUCGACGAUGUUGACACGCCAGGCGAUUGGGAUCUCGUUGGCGUGACCCCAUCGGAAAUUGAGAGCAAUGCAAUCACUUAUCUUAGACGAUACAGAACCGCGGAGAACUAUGUUCGUCCGGCAGUUUUCCCGUCUCGCCCUGAAGCCGCACAAUUGUCGUCAUGA